AUGAGAGGUCUCGGGUCGGUGUCGAGGUUGUUAGCAAGGCAAGCGGCUCGAGGGUCCUGGAGAUCCGGCAAGGAACUGGGAGUCGUCGUGACCCGGAGUGAAGCCGUCGCCAUCCUGACCAGCCGACGCGGACUCACCACGCUUGGAGGAUGUUCGAAAGGCCCGUUCGCGUACAACAGCAACAGAGCCGCGAUGGCUAUGGCUGAGUGCGUGGCGUGGCGUACGCUGGACCGUGUACGCUUCAUGGCUGCCGACGCAGGGUUGCCGUCAGCAGUACUGGUGCCGACAAUGGGCGAGUCAAUAAAAGAUGGAUCCAUAUCUGCCGUUCUCAAAGCGGCGGGCGAGUCAGUGGAGGAGGACGAGGUUAUAGCGCAGAUUGAGACGGACAAGGUCACCAUUGACGUGCGCAGCCCCAGAGCAGGAGUCCUGCAGAAGAUUGAAGUGAAGGUGGGAGACACGGUCACUCCCGGCACCACCGUCGCCUUCGUCUCCCCUUCCUCUGCCGCACCACCAGCCAAGCCCGCAGCAGGAGGAGUGCAGGCGCCGUCAGCAGCAGAAGCAGCGGUGGGGCCGAUAGGAGAUGAGGAGAUGGAGGGCGAGGGGGUGGAUGAGUACAGCUUGGUGCAUGGGGACGACACGGUGGAGGUGGUGGUGCCGUCCAUGGGGGAGUCUGUCAACGAUGGCGUGCUGGCUGCCCUGCUCAAGAGUGUGGGCGACAGUGUGCGCAUGGAUGAAGUGAUCGGGCAGGUGGAGACAGACAAGGUGAGGAAGAGAGGGGUGGAGGGCGGUGUGGGCGACAGUGUGCGCAUGGAUGAAGUGAUCGGGCAGGUGGAGACAGACAAGGUGAUCAUAGACGUGUGUAGUCCAGACGAGGGCGCGGUGGAGAGCAAGGUGACCUUUGAGACACUCACAAUCCCCCUCUCUUCCUCUCUCCCUUUGAGACACUGGCAGGUGAUGAUAGACGUGCGCACUCCAGAUGAGGGUGUGGUGGAGCCAGUGACGAUAGACGUGCGCAGUCCAGACGAGGGAGUGGUGGAGGCAGUGAGCGUGCAGCUGGGCGACACUGUCACGCCCGGCACGCCCAUUGCUGUCGUGCGCCGCGCCAAGGCCCUCCCCGCCUCCACCACACUCGCCGACCGCGUGGUGGAGGCCGUGGAGGGGCCCCGCCCCGUGCCUGUUGCUCGCGCUGUUCCCCCGCCUCCUCCCCCUCCACCUGGCUCCCGGCCCGCUGCUGCUGCUGCUCCGGCUGGGGGUCCUGCUGUGCCGAUUAUUCCCAGGCAGAAGGAGCGACGGGUAGGUGUCCAAAACACGCAUGUGGCGGCGUGUGGUGCUUUUUGUCUCAAGGACUCACAGAACACGAGUUUCUAA